AUGGCUAAACUUAACUUUCACUUCUUACUAACUCUCUCCUUAAUCACCCUCAACUCAUUCGUGUCAAUCGCGGCGGACGAAGCUUGCCCUUAUCCCUGUAAUCCGCCGCCGAUCGCUGGAACCAUAACUCCACCAACCCCUGUUAGCGAAACAGGGUCUUACCCACCUCCAACAUACUCUCUACCACCUCCAUCUGGGAAUUUUCCGAACUAUCCUCCUGGAGCUGGAGGUACUUAUGAUGGUGAUAUAACCAUGCCCCCACCUCCUGAUCCUAUACUCCCUUACUUCCCCUAUUAUUACAGAAACGGAGUACACCAACCGUCUGAUCAGUCAUCAUCAUCUUUGGCGUCUGCUUCACUUCCAACAUCAACUGUUCACAUCUUUUCCUUGUCAACGCUUCUUGUUGCUGUUCUUCUUCUAUUUAUUUUUGAAUGA